AUGACUUUUGCCGAGCUUGUGGACCGCGUGGCCAGCAACGGGCCGUUCCAGUUCCUGCACACGGUCCUGCUGGGCCUCCCCAUCCUCGGCAUGGCCAACCACAACCUGCUGCAGAUCUUCACAGCCGCCACCCCCACCCACCACUGCCGCCCGCCACCCAAUGCCUCCAUGGAGCCCUGGGUGCUCCCCAUGGGCCGGAACGGGAAGCCUGAGACGUGCCUCCGUUUCGCAUAUCCAUCCAACGCCAGCCUGCCCAAUGACACCCAGGGGGCCACGGAGCCCUGCCUGGAUGGCUGGACCUAUGACGUCAGCUCCAGGGACUCCAUCGUGGCUGAGUGGGACUUGGUAUGCAACUCCAGCAAACUGAAGGAGCUGGCCCAGUCUAUCUUCAUGGCGGGCAUACUGAUUGGGGGGCUCGUGCUGGGAGCCUUGUCUGACAGGUUUGGCCGCAAGCCCAUCCUGACCUGCAGCUACCUUCUGCUGGCGGCCAGCGGCUCAGGCGCAGCCUUCAGCCCCACCUUCCACACCUACACAGUCUUCCGCUUCCUGUGUGGCUUCGGCAUCUCAGGCAUUACCCUGAGCACCGCCAUCCUGAAUGUCGAGUGGGUGUCCACCCGAAUGCGGGCCAUCAAGUCGAUUGCAGUCGGCUACUUCUACACCAUUGGCCAGUUCAUUCUGCCCGGCCUGGCCUAUGUCAUUCCCCAGUGGCGCUGGCUCCAGCUAACCGUGUCCAUUCCCUUCUUCACCUUCUUCCUGUUGUCCUGGUGGCAACCAGAGUCCAUCCGCUGGAUGGUCCUGUCUGGAAGAUCCCCCAAGGCCCUGAAGACACUCCGGCAGGUGGCAGCCUUCAACGGGAAGAAGGAGGAAGGAAAGAAACUCAGCCUGGAGGAGAUCAAACUCAACACGCAGAAGGAAGUGGCCUUGGCCAAGGCCAAGCACAGCGUAGCUGACCUGUUCCGGACACCCGUCCUGCGCCGAAUGACCUUCUGUCUUUCCCUGGCCUGGUUUUCCACUGGUUUUGCCUACUACAGUUUGGCUAUGGGUGUGGAGGAAUUUGGAGUUAACCUCUACAUCCUCCAGCUCAUCUUUGGCGGGGUCGACGUCCCAGCCAAGUUCAUCACUAUGCUGGCCAUAAGCUAUCUGGGCCGGCACACCACCGAGGCUGCUCUUCUGCUCCUGGCAGGAGGGUGCGUCCUGUCUCUCAUCUUUGUGCCUGCAGACUUGAUGACCCUGAGGACGGUACUGGCUGUGUUUGGGAAGGGAUGUUUGUCCGGCUCCUUCAGCUGCCUCUUCCUCUUCACGAGCGAGCUGUACCCCACAGUCACCCGGCAAACAGGUAUGGGCAUAAGUAAUAUGUGGGCCCGCGUGGGAAGCAUGACAGCCCCCCUGGUGAAAAUCACGGGGGAGCUGAAACCCUUCAUCCCCAAUGUCAUCUUUGGGAGCAUCGCCCUCCUGGGAGGCAGCGCAGCCCUCUUCCUGCCUGAGACACUCAAUCGGCCCUUGCCAGAGACUAUUGAGGACGUAGAAAACUGGUCCCAGCGGGCAAAGAAGUCAAAGCAGGAGCCAGAAGCAGAAAAGGCAUCCCAGAGGAUCCCUCUGCAGCCUCAUGAUCCAGGCCUGGGCCCCAGCUGA